AUGACAAACGAAGAAGCAAGUGACAUCGCAGCAAAAAAAUUACAAAAUGCGUUUGAGGAGAUCAAACCUAUAGUUGAUGCUACAAGUGGAGUUCCUGAAAAAUGUAGUACUACUCGAGCACACAAGUUUAAUGAAACACUUCCUGUUAGAGUAAAACGUUGUGGAAAAAGGCUAAAAAGAGGAAAAGAGAAAGGAGAGUAA